AUCACCCCACUUUCAAACCUCCGAACUUCAACAGACACAGACGUUUCUCACAACCAAAUACAAGUGCGAAGAUUCAACCCUGCGCGCUCCACUUUCUCUCUCUCUCAUCGAUCUUGUUCCAUGUCUUCAAUUCUUAUGCUUCUGACUCUGCUUCUUGUGAGCUUCGAAGCAUCAUCAUCAUCGUCACCAGUUGGAUCUCGUUCAAUCCUUCGAGAUAUCAACAAGGGAGACGGUGAUCAACCUGACUACGCCGUUGAUUUGAACGCUACCAACUUCGAUGCAGUUCUGAGGGACACACCAGCUAGAUACGCCAUUGUUGAAUUCUUCGCCCACUGGUGCCCGGCUUGCAGAAAUUAUAAGCGUCACUAUGAAAGAGUGGCAAGGCUUUUCAAUGGAGCUGAUGCAGUUCAUCCAGGGAUCAUAUUGAUGACGAGGGUAGACUGUGCAUCGAAGAUAAACAAUAACCUUUGUGAUAGAUUCUCUAUAAGUCAUUAUCCUAUGCUCUUCUGGGCCCCUCCAUCUAAAUUUGUCUCUGGUGGUUGGGAGCCUAAACAAACAAAAAGUGAAAUACUGGCCAUUGAUGAUGGACGGACAGCUGAUCGCUUGCUUAGCUGGAUUAAUAAGCAAAUGGGCAGCUCAUAUGGUUUGGACGAUGAAAGAUACGAGAAUGAGCAUCUUCAAUGGAAUGCAUCAGAUCCUGGACAGAUUGCACGUGCGGUAUAUGAUGUUGAGGAGGCAACAGGCACUGCCUUUGACAUAAUCUUAGAGCACAAGAUGAUCAAAUCAGAGACUCGGGCAUCUCUUAUAAAAUUCUUACAACUUUUGGUUGUUCAUCACCCUUCUAGGAGGUGCCGGAAGGGAAGUGCAAAAAUACUUGUGAACUUUGAUGAUUUGUGGCCAUCAGAUAUGUUAAUUACCAACAAACAGGAGAUUGUUACUGGUGAAGGAAAGGGCGCACUAAAGAAUUUCCAGAUUUGUGGGAAUGACGUUCCUCGUGGAUACUGGAUGUUUUGUCGUGGCAGCAAGAAUGAUACUAGGGGCUUCAGCUGUGGAUUGUGGGUUCUAUUACAUUCACUCUCUGUGAGAACUGAGGAUGGAGAGAGCCACUUGGCGUUUACAGCUAUAUGUGAUUUUAUCCACAAUUUCUUCGUCUGUGAGGAGUGUCGCCAACAUUUCUAUGAAAUGUGCUCUAGUGUUUCUGGCCCUUUCAACAAAACCCGUGACCUUGUCCUCUGGUUGUGGAGUGCACAUAAUAAAGUCAAUGAGAGACUCAUGAAAGAAGAAGCAUCUCUGAAAACGGUUGACCCUAAAUUCCCAAAGAUUAUUUGGCCUCCAAAACAGCUUUGUCCUUCUUGUUAUCUUGCUCGAAGCCGGAAAAACAAUGAAAGUAGUCGGAUUGAUUGGGACCAUGACGAGGUAUUCAAGUUUUUGACAAACUUCUAUGGGAAGAUGAUCGUGUCUCUGUACAAGGAUAAAGGGCUUCUCGAGGAUGAUGGGACAAACAAGGGUCUGGCUGAAGAUUUGGCAGCUUCAACAAAUGCACUUGUGGUGCCUGUGGGGGCAGCAUUGGCAAUUGCUGUUGCCAGCUGUGCAUUUGGAGCACUUGCCUGCUUCUGGCGUUCACAGCAGAAGAAUCGGAAGUAUUUACACCAUCUACACUCUUUAAAGAACAUAUGAUUAUCGUGAGCUCUUUUAAGAAAAGACUAAAAGAGCAACCCAAAAAAAAAAAAAAAAAAAAUUUUGUGGAGAGAGAGAUGAAGAGAAGAGAGAAGUGUUUGUUAGGAUGUUAUAUUCUUAUUUGUUUUUCUUCAACGAACUUUUCAGGCCAAGGAGAAGCUGGAAAUGAUAUUGUUAAUCGGACAAAUCCACACAUGGCCAUCAAUGAAGAUGCAUAGAAGGUACAAUCAAGCUCUGACUAGGAAUUCAGACAAUGGCCUUGUACCAAAUAGACUGUCAGGUCUUUUUUACUCUUUUUUCCGAGGCUUUCCUUCUUAAUUUUCAUAUGGAUGUACAGGUUUAUAUAUUAAUCUUAAUUUUUGAAGAGAACUUAUAAAGUCCCUCCAACAUUUGCUUUCAUCAGCGUUUUCUUUUUACCUCAUUGUGUAUUAUAUGAAUUUAUGUAAGAAUAAAAAGACAUUUUUAGUUUUGAUACAGUAGAUUAUAAAGUUUAGUUUUUACUGGUUA